AUGUCGAGCAGCACUACUAAUACAUCUGCUUCAUCGGACCAAGUGGUUGAAAAUGCCUACUUCAGCUCUAACCCACCCCCCAAGGCUUUACCGCAACAUGUUGCGGCCGCUGAAUCGUUUAUAAAUCAACAUGCGGCGGCUAACAGGCGAGUCGUUCUCGUCACCUCAGGCGGGACUACCGUGCCCCUCGAAAAGCAAACAGUACGCUUUAUUGAUAACUUCAGCGCCGGAACAAGAGGUGCCACGUCGGCUGAGUAUUUUCUAGAGUCUGGAUAUGCUGUUAUUUUCAUGCAUAGACAGUUCAGUUUACUCCCAUACAGUCGGCACUAUAGUCAUUCUACAGACUGCUUCCUAGACUUUCUGCAUGAGGACCCAGAUGGCAGUGUCGUCGCUAACCCGUCGCACCAAGACAAGAUGCUGCGUGUGCUACGCAAAUAUAACGCUGCUAAGCGACAGAAUCUCCUACUGAUGCUCCCGUUCGUUACUAUCACCGAUUAUUUACACGAGCUACGCGCAGUAGCACAGCUCAUGCGCCCACUGGGUCCUAACGGCCUAUUAUAUCUAGCCGCGGCAGUAAGCGAUUUCUUUGUACCGGAAGAUCGCAUGUCGGAACAUAAGAUUCAAAGCACAGAUGCCACAGACAUGCUCAAGAAACAAGGGCCGACGACAGUCACAAAGGAGGCUAGGGACUCGUCGAACCAAGAAGAGGAAGCGUUCGACAACUUUGACUCAUCACCAACCGUGCCGCGGAGCAAGCGUCUUAUCGUCGAUCUAGAUCCUGUGCCUAAAUUCCUCAAAAAUCUCGUAGACGGCUGGGCGCCCGAGGGUAUGAUUGUCUCGUUCAAGCUAGAGACUAACCCAGCGAUCCUCGUCCAUAAGGCCAAGUACUCACUCGAGCGGUAUCAGCACCAUCUCGUUAUCGGAAACCUGCUGUCGACGCGAAAGUGGGAGGUCGUCUUCGUAGCGCCCAACCAAAAGGAUAAGUGGAUCCGCGUCCCCAUCAACCGGCGCAAGAAGACGUUGAGCGGCGUCGAGGAAUUGAUCGGCGCAUCAGACCAAAAGAGUGGAGAGAAUAAGCCGUUAGAUCCGGCGACUCUACCAGAGGGCGAACCCGAAAUGGAGAUUGAAAGUUUGAUUAUACCUGCCGUCGAGGAGCUACACUCGAAGCACAUCGGGUUAGCUGCUGAGAGGAAUGGGCCCAAGUAA